UCGUAGGAAACCAGCUUGUCACCGGCUCGUUGAGUCGAGUCAUUUUUCUCUCGGCCGGCAAGGAGGUCGGCGUUUUUAUCUUACUUUAUAUACCAUUUCCUGCCGGCAACAUGACGAGCGUGGACAUUGGGGAGGUUUUAAAGAUAUUGGGAGCAUUCGGACGUUAUCAACGGUUUGUCUUUUUCUUGAUCUGUUUUGUCAUGAUACCAUGCGCCUUUGUCAACCAGGCGACAAUAUUUUUGGGAGUUUCGACUGACCAUUACUGCCGGAUAUUCGACAAUCAGACAUACGAAAAGGACUCUGCUUUAAAGGAAUGUUUCAUACCAUAUAGCUAUGACAAUGUCAGUGCCAGUGUAACGUGGGAGAAAUGUACAAUGUACGAAGUGAAUAAAUCCCAUAGUAGUUCUCUAUCGGUAGAAUGCAAUUAUACGGAACCAAUAACCGAAUGUUUAAACGGAUGGGUCUAUGAUAGGUCCACUUAUGAGAAUACAAUUGUACACGAGUUCGAUUUGGUAUGUGGACGAGCAUGGUUACAUGAAUUAGCGUUGAUGAUGGUUCCUCUUGGAAAGUGUGUCGGCUCUGUCAUAUUGGGUCAACUGUCUGACAUUCUUGGGAGAAAACAUGUCUUCUUCACGUCACUACUCUGUACUUUCGUGAUUGGGUUUAUUACAACAUUUUCUACUGGUCCCAUAUUUUACAUGAUUGGACAGUUCGCUUUAGGAUUUACACACAGUGGUAUCUAUCUUAUUGCCAUGGUGAUAGGUAUAGAGCUUGUUACAUCACAGCAUCGAGCCAUGGCGAUAACGUUCUUUAGCUGUUUCCAUGCCGUUGGCUACAUCACUUUAUCAGUACUAGCGCUGUUAUUUCGCAGUAAUUGGCAGCAUUUAUUAUUUACAACGUCACUGGCAUGGCUGACGUACUUUCCAUACUACUGGUUGUUACCAGAGUCACUGAGGUGGUUGAUCAAUAAGAACCGAUUCAUUAAAGCUCACCGUUUGGUUGAUAAAACUGCUCGAUAUAACAAUAUUGAACUUCCAGACAAUUUUUACACAAAGCUUUUUCCAGAGUAUGCAGAUAUGAAAGAAGAACAUACGCAAUUACUCUCAAUGUGUUUACAUCCACGUCUUGUAUUACGACUUUGUAUCCUGUCUCUUAUCUGGUACGUGAAAACCCAUUACAAUAAAUAA